AUGGGUGGCAUAAGAAUGUCAGUGCAAGUUCUGCUACUGUCAUCUAUUGGCGUUGUAUGUAUGUCAGGACUGGUCUCUGCAAAUUCCAACACAACACAAGGACCAGGUUUAUCUGAAAACAGCAAUGCCACCACUCAUACCAGCAGUUUCCAGGAAACUUGCCAUGCAACAAAUCUACAAGAUGCCACUCAAAGAAUCUCUGCUGCAGUGGACACACUGACAGGCGAGCUAUCCUGUAAAAGGGGUAAAAACGCAAGCUCAACAGAUGACAAGUCGAGGAUGGUGGAACAAAAUCUCAGACAGAUUGUAGAGUCGACUUUACAAGUGUUCUUUGACCUGAACAACAAUGUGUCUGGAUUUGAUGUUCUGGAUAUAUUUGGAGUCCUGGACAGCCUUCGUUUGGGUAAUGACAGUGACCCAGAAUUCAUCAGACUGUGGUUCUCUGUGAAGAUGGUUCCUCUUUUGCCUUAUGUCAAUGGAAACUUCCUAAUCAAGCUGAGCAACCAGAACUUCAGCUGCAGUUCUUUCCAAGAGCUCAUUCAGGCAUUUGGAAGCCAAAAGGCAUCCAUGGACAGAGACAAACAGCAAGCAGUCUUCACUCACUUCAUCAAACCUUUCCUGUCAAGAAAUGACUCAACAGAUCCUGGCUGUGUCUCAUCUAUCACGGGGAGCCAAGAGUGGCUAAAGGCAAACCUUGGCGAGUUCUCUGAUUAUGCAACUCUGCAGGACUUGCAAGCCUUCAAUCCGAAUUUAUCCACUGCUGAAUUGUUGUCAGUCCUCAGUCCUUCUCAGGUGGCACAGCUGCUACUGAGCUCUGGAGCCUCCAACAACACAGAUUUCAUUGAUCUCGUGUUUGAGCGACUGGAAGAGGGCAACGCUCUGGAAAAUGUGGAUGAAUUCCUCACACAACUGACAGCCAGUGAACAGAUCCCAGAUUUCCAGCCUGUUGUGAGAGAUCGGGUCAUGAAUAGGACCUUCAUCAUCAUCAGUCCACAUUUCUCCAGCUUCACGACAAAGGACUUUGAAAUUUGGUUCCAAGUGAAACUGAUUACCAUCCUUGCAAGUUUUACUCCAGAAAUGCUCAAAAAUACAACCACAAACAUCAGCUGCACAAACUACCAAGUCAUUGUGAGUGGGAUGGCUUCAGUCAUCCAGGAGAUGCCACUGUACAGACGACAAGAGAUCACACAUGUUCUCCUGGGCUACCUAAGAAGUACUGAAAAUGCCAUCAAUGAGACAGCUUGCAGGCAACAAAAUGACAGUGAUGCCCAAUGGGUUGAAGCAAAUCUGGGUCCAUUCGUCCAAUAUACAGCAUACUCUGACCUCAGUGACUUCAACAUCUCUACGGCUGCAUUGUUGUCAACACUCGAUCCCUCUGAGAUGGCACAGCUGCUACUGAGCUCUGGAGCCUCCAACGACACAGAUUUCAUUGAUCUCGUGUUUGAACAACUUGAAGAGGACAACACUCUGGAAAAUGUGGAUGAAUUCCUCACACAACUAACAGCCAAUGAACAGACCCCAGAUUUCCAGCCUGUUGUGAGAGAUCGGGUCAUGAAUAGGACCUUCAUCAUCAUCAGUCCACAUUUCUCCAAUUUCACGACAAAGGACUUUGAAAUUUGGUUCCAAGUGAAACUGAUUACCAUCCUUGCAAGUUUUACUCCAGAAAUGCUCAAAAAUACAACCACAAACAUCAGCUGCACAAACUACCAAGUCAUUGUGAGUGGGAUGGCUUCAGUCAUCCAGGAGAUGCCACUGUACAGACGACAAGAGAUCACACAUGUUCUGCUGGGCUACCUAAGAAGUACUGAAAAUGCCAUCAAUGAGACAGCUUGCAGGCAACAAAAUGACAGUGAUACCCAAUGGCUUGAAGCAAAUCUGGGUCCAUUCGUCCAAUAUACAGCAUACUCUGACCUCAAAGACUUCAACAUCUCGACGCUGGAAGUUCUGGACCUUCUUUCACCAUCGCAGAAGGCUGAUCUGAUCCUAGAUCCAAACAGUGGUGCCUUAAACGAUGCACAUGUUGUAAGGGAGGUGUUGACGAGCUUGACGGAGACCAAUGUGCGAGACACCAUUUUGAACCUGACCUUGACAGCCCUUGCUCCUCAGCUUAAAGACUUUCAGCCACAAGACUAUCAACAGUGGUUCCAGGUUUAUUUGGUUCCUGUGAUGGCGAGCAUCCUUCCUAGCAGCUUGCGGGUGAUCCCCAGUAACAUCACCUGUGAAUCCUACCAGGCUGUAUACAAUGGUCUUGAGCAGAGUUUGGAAGCAUUGCCACUGGACCUUUCACAGGGCGUGAGAUCAAGCGAGCAGUACCUCCAGGACACAUUCCCACGUUGCUCAGUUCCAGCUUCCUUUGUGGCUGCCUAUCUCACAUCCAGCAACUUGCCCACACUGCUGAACUGCACACUGAAAAGCCAAAACAUAUACCCGGUAGAAGUCUGGAAGCUUUUCUUCCAAAAAGCUUCUGCUGUACUGGACCAGGCCCUUGAGACAUUUGCUAACAUGGCCAGCAACAACACCUACCCGACCUCAUCAAAUGUGCUCGAGGCUCUUGGAGAAGUGAGAAUUGACAACUUCAGCCAUGUACAACUACAGAGCGAGAAGUUCAUUACCAGCUGGUUCCAGACAAAGAUCCGUCCGUUUCUGGCCGCUCCAUCUUUCAACUUCCUAUUUUGCCUUAGCUCCCAAAACUUCAGCUGCCAGACAUACCAGAUUGUCAUUCAGGCAUUUGGAAGCCAAAAGGCAUCCAUGGACAGAGACAAACAGCAAGCAGUCUUCACUCACUUCAUCAAACCUUUCCUGUCAAGAAAUGACUCAACAGAUCCUGGCUGUGUCUCAUCUAUCACGGGGAGCCAAGAGUGGCUAAAGGCAAACCUUGGCAAGUUCUCUGAUUAUGCAACUCUGCAGGACUUGCAAGCCUUCAAUCCGAAUUUAUCCACUGCUGAAUUGUUGUCAGUCCUCAGUCCUUCUCAGGUGGCACAGCUGCUACUGAGCUCUAGAGCCUCCAAUAACACAGAUUUGAUUGAUCGUGUGUUUGAGCGACUGGAAGAGGGCAACGCUCUGGAAAAUGUGGAUGAAUUCCUCACACAACUGAAAGCCAGUGAACAGAUCCCAGAUUUCCAGCCUGUUGUGAGAGAUCGGGUCAUGAAUAGGACCUUCAUCAUCAUCAGUCCACAUUUCUCCAGCUUCACGACAAAGGACUUUGAAAUUUGGUUCCAAGCUGGAUUGUUGUCAACACUCGAUCCCUCUGAGGUGGCACAGCUGCUACUGAGCUCUGGAGCCUCCAACGACACAGAUUUCAUUGAUCUCGUGUUUGAGCGACUGGAGAGGGCUGGAUUGUUGUCAACACUCGAUCCCUCUGAGGUGGCACAGCUGCUACUGAGCUCUGGAGCCUCCAACGACACAGAUUUCAUUGAUCUCGUGUUUGAGCGACUGGAAGAGGGCAACGCUCUGGAAAAUGUGGAUAAUUCCUCACACAACUGA